CCGCCUCCGGACCACGUGUGCGCGCCGCCACGCCUGGCGCAGCUCAGGAAGACGCUUUGUGCCGUCGGCCGGCUCUGGGGCCUGUGGUUUGAGCUCCGAGCUCCAGGUCGGCUCGGCUCACGGCCGGGCUCCAGGCGCCAUGGCUUCUCGCGGGAGGAAGCGGAAGGCCGAGGUGGCGGUAGUCGCGGUGGCGGCGAAACAGGAGAAGCCGGCGGGCGGCCGGAAGGCAGUGGAGGAGGCGACCGUCGUGAUCGAGCAUUGCACGAGCUGACGCGUCUACGGGCGCAACGCCGCGGCCCUGAGCCAGGCGCUGCGCCAGGAGACGCCGGAGCUUCCGGUGGAGGUGAAUCCUGCCAAGCCCCGGAGGGGCAGCUUCGAGGUGACGCUGCUGCGCCCCGAUGGCAGCAGUGUGGAGCUCUGGACUGGGAUUAAGAAGGGGCCCCCACGCAAACUCAAGUUCCCUGAGCCUCAGGAGGUGGUGAAGGAGCUGAAGAAGCACCUUUCGUAGGGUGUUUUGGGCAGAAGUCCUCGCGCUGAGUCUCCUGUCCCUGGUGAUGUUGGAACAUUUAUGAUGGAACAUGGCCAAACUUCAGUCAUGUACCUGAAGCCAUGGUUUCUUCCCCUCCAGAAAGGAUGGUUCAGUUGUGAGGCAACGCUCUAGUAAGACAUUGAAAAGUUCUUGGAUUUGGUUUAAUAAAAGUUGAAAUAAAGUGUUUGAAUAAUAAAGUAAAACUUAAUCUUACGGUAAGAAAUGGA